AUGGCAGCCUCUUCCUCAGCCUCACCCACGCCCAAGACCGGCCCAACAUUCUGGGAACGAACGAAGGGCUUUUCAAACACAACUUACGAGAAGCGCUUGAAGCCCGGCUUUAACAAGGCCUAUGCUGUGGUUGACAAACUUGGCGCACCUGUCAAUCGAUUGUCCAACAGAGUCGGCUCCGAGGCCUUUUGGCCUACCACCCUAGACAAAGAGUCCGAGAAGGCAGCUCGAAUUCUGAGAGGGUUUUGUAAAGACGGCUUUUACGAGCCGAUAGAAGAGAAGGCUGCCAAAAAGAUCGAAGACCGUGAUGCGACCGCAGUGGGGAUUCCCCAAGGCACACAGCGCAUUCUCGUGAAAAUUCCCCAGAAAGUUAUCAAGCAAUGUGUUGGGUUGGCCAUAUUCACAACCAUGCGGACAGGCUGGGUCCUCGGAGGCUCUGGAGGUGCAGGUGUCCUCGUUGGGAGACACCCAGAAACCGGCGAGUGGAGCCCUCCCAGUGGAAUUCACACCCAGAAUCUGUCUUUCGGCUUCCUGAUAGGGGUCGAUAUUUAUGACUCAGUACUAGUCAUCAACACAUAUAAAGCCCUUGAAGCAUUCACGAAACUGCGAUGCACAUUGGGGACUGAGGUCGGCGUGGCUGCUGGACCACUGGGACUUGGAGGCGCGCUGGACACAGAGGUUGUCAAGCGACAAUCGCCAAUCUGGUCUUACGUUAAGAGUCGAGGACUGUAUGCCGGAAUCGCGCUAGAAGGAAACAUUGUCAUCGAGCGCACUGAUGAAAACGAGACCUUCUACGGCGAGCGUGUGGGCGUCGCUGACAUUCUUGUUGGGAAAGUACGUCAUCCACCGGUGGACAAGUAUCAAGUACUGCUGGAUACUUUGAAGGCGGCUCAAGGAGACGACGUGGAUGAUAGCCUGCUGCCCGAUGGAGUAGCACCCAGUGAUAUGGAAUUGAUUUCUGACGGUCCAUUGUUCGGAAUUCCUGCGGAAGAUGAUCCCGACCCGUUUGGUGUCAAGGCAUUAGAAGCAGAAGGGCUGAACAUCCGUGAAGCAGGAACACACCAAAGGCCCAGUGCGGCUGCUUUUGAAUUCAAACCGUCUCCGACCAGCCCUAUCUACACCCAUUUCUCACGUCAAAGCGUAGAUGGGUCAAUUAGAAGCCGGACCUGGAGAGACAGUACCCAUAGCCUUGCCAGCAUUGACCGAGGUACCCAAACAGACGAAGAUGAAUCAAAAAGCGCAGGGCACAGCCCCAGAAGGAGUGAUUCGACUGCCUUAAGGAACUCAACCAAGAUAGUUGAGCCACCUCAAAAACACAGCCAACUCGUAGGAGAUGGAGAAGACUCGCCUGGACACCGUCGGGAAUCCUUCUCCGACGUGGAUUCUGAUGCGGAGAUCCAGACGGCCGUGCCAGUGGUAACAAGAGCAAGGGUGGUUGAAGUUCCAAGGCGUGUUCCUCCAGCUCUACCACCACGAAACCCUGAGCGAAUAGCAACGCCCAUCGAAACCCAAGCUCCAUCAGACGGAUUUGAUAAGAUCUCGUUGGACGCAACGGUGGAGGAGAGAACGCACGAGGGCGACAGCGAUCUGAUUAAGACUACCACCAACGGAGCGGCCAGCUCAACCUUCCAUUCAGUACCGGUGACACCGAGUGAUGAAAAAAAACCCAAUGAUAUCCCAGGAUCCUUUCAGUGA